UCAUCCACCAAAGCCACGCUUGUAAAGCCCACACUUCCUUCCUUUAGUCCGCCGCUCCUUCUAUCACUACUCUAUUAUCUGCUUCUCCAUUUGUCUCUUUGAUUAUUUUUUUCAUCAAAAUUUAACCAUUUCUUUCCCAAAAUUCUUCGUCUUUAGUUCAUAAAAUUGUCUCUUUUUCUAUCACCAAACCUCUCUUUGAACCCAAGUUUAUAUACUAAGUUGGUAACACUUAAUAGCAGGAGUAGUUUCCUGUCAAGGGGUUGUUAGAUUCUUGGAUUCACUCUUAAGCUUUGUUCUCUCUCUCUCUCUCUCUUUUUUUUUUUUUAGUAGUUUUAGCUGGAAAAAGACAACUUUAUCUUCUUCUUUUUUUACUUUCUUUUUCCAGCUUUUCUUUGUUUGUUUUCAUCUGUUUAUUAAAUCCACCGUCUUGGGUCUUUUCCUAUUUUUCUCUUUCAAUUUAUGAAUCUUUUUUUUUUGUUGUUGUUGAUUCUUGAAGUUCUUGGAAACUGUUUUCUUUAGAUGGGUUCUUUUAGUUCUGGAUUUUUGUAGAAACUUAGUGUGUUCUUUGAGUGUUUCUUGAAGUGAAGAAUUAUUGGAAAAAAAAGAUGAGAACUUGUGCUUUAUUAUUGCAAGUUAUAGUUACUGUUGGGUUAUUUCUUGUGAUCUGUGAUGCUUUUCCAUCAAAUGAAGUUUAUGCUCUCAAUACCUUCAAGGAAUCUAUAUAUGAAGACCCUCUACUGGUUUUGUCAAAUUGGAAUGCUUUAGAUUCAGAUCCUUGUGAUUGGGCUGGAAUCUUUUGUUCUAUGGCUCAAGAUCAUGUCAUAAAAAUUAACAUUUCCGGCACUUCGUUGAAGGGAUUUCUUUCACCGAACUUGCAUCUACUCUCCUCUUUGCAAGAACUAAUUUUGCAUGGCAAUGUACUGAUUGGUACAAUUCCUAAGGAGAUUGGCUUGUUGAAAAACCUGAAGUUUUUGGAUUUGGGUGCUAACCAGCUAACAGGACCGAUUCCUCUCGAACUUGGCAAUUUGUCAAACAUUAUGAAAAUAAACCUACAAUCUAAUGGAUUAACGGGGAAAUUGCCUGCUGAGCUUGGUAAUUUGAAAUACCUUGAGGAACUUAGGUUGGACAGGAACAAACUUCAAGGAAUAUUGCCUGCUAAUAAUGGAUCAGAUUUUACAUCCGGUGUACAUGGAAUGUAUGCCUCUGGUGUCAGCCCUACAGGUUUUUGUCGCUCAUCCCAGCUUAAAGUUGCUGAUUUCUCAUUCAACUUUCUUAUUGGAAGCAUACCGAAGUGUUUGGGUUACCUUCCAAAAUCUAGCUUUCAAGGAAAUUGCCUUCAGCACAAAGAUCCGAAACAGCGCUCCACUGCUCUAUGUGGUGGCACUCCACCUCCCACUAGCCAUGCAUCAACAAUGAAUAAUAAGCACCACCAGCCUGUUGAAGAACCGAGACAUCAGGCUUCUUCCAAGCCCACUUGGCUUUUGGCUUUAGAAGUGGUAACAGGAGUUAUGGUGGGUUCUCUCUUCAUCGUGGGUCUUGUGACUGGCCUUCAGAAAUUUAAGAACAAACCCUCCAUCAUACCUUGGAAGAAAUCAGGAAGCGAGAAAGAUCAUAUGACAAUUUAUGUAGAUACUGGUAUGCUGAAAGAUGUCGUAAGAUACAGCAGACAAGAACUUGAGGUAGCUUGUGAAGAUUUCAGCAACAUCAUUGGAUCCUCACCAGAUAGUGUAGUUUACAAAGGAACCAUGAAAGGUGGACCUGAAAUAGCUGUAAUAUCUCUUUGUGUCAAAGAAGAGCAUUGGACAGCCUAUCUUGAGCUUUAUUUUCAGAAAGAGGUGGCAGAAUUGGCCAGAAUAAAUCAUGAGAACACUGGGAAACUUCUAGGCUACUGCAGAGAGAGUAGUCCUUUUACGAGGAUGUUGGUGUUUGAGUAUGCAUCUAAUGGGACAUUAUAUGAACACCUUCAUUAUGGAGAAGGAUGCCAACUAUCUUGGACACGCCGGAUGAAAAUAGUUAUUGGCAUCGCUAAGGGACUGACAUACUUCCAUUCAGAACUUGACCCUCCGUUUACUAUAUCAGAACUGAAUUCAAAUUCUGUAUAUCUCACAGAAGAUUUUUCUCCCAAGCUUGUUGAUUUUGAAAGUUGGAAGUCGAUAAUCGCCAGAUCAGAAAAGAACUCGGGUGCUAUCAGUAGUGAAGGAGCAAUAUGUGUCCUUCCAAAUACUCUAGAGAGCCGCCAUCUCGACGUCCAGGGUAACAUUUAUGCAUUUGGAGUACUGCUACUGGAAAUAAUCAGUGGGAGACCUCCAUAUUGUAAAGACAAAGGGUGCUUAGUAGAUUGGGCUAAGGAAUUUCUUGAAAUGCCAGAGGUACUAUCGUACGUUGUGGAUCCCGAGUUGAAACAUUUUAAAGAGGAAGACCUCAAAGUGAUUUGUGAGGUGAUCAACCUUUGCAUCCACCCGAGUACGAGUAAGAGGACUUCCAUGAAGGACUUGUGUGCUAUCUUGGAGAGCAAUAUUGACACUUCGAUCACUGCUGAGCUCAAGGCAUCGUCUUUGGCGUGGGCUGAGCUUGCACUUUCAUCCUAACUGACAGAAGGCUAACAGUAUAUAAAUAUAUAUAUCGGAAAUAUGUAAUUGUCUACCACUUUCUCCUCUUGUUUUUGACCUCUCGAUUUCGUUCACAAUGUUCUAGAGUGAUGGUUGAGUUCAUGUAAAUUUUGAGUCUGUAGGGAAAAAAUAGAAUUGAAGAGAUGCUACUGUUGAUUCUUUGUAAAAUGUAAACUGGUUCUUUACCAAAUGAAUGAGUGUUCAUAGUGAAUGAAAGGCAUGGUGGCUAGAUUUUACUAAUCUACAUCCAUGCCAAAGCUUUACUUCUUGA